CGACAACUCCGAGCCGUUCUUCUCGGGGGGGCCUCCACGGAAGCACCCCUGCAGUCUCCGACCAACCUCGAUCUCCUCCGUAACAACAGUACUGGAGCCCCUCUCAGCGCUUAGCCUGCUCUUCCCCGGUCCCCCGACUGGAGAUCCAUCCGUACUUACAUUUCUUGUUGGAUACUUGGAUAUGGGAACCUACAGCCAUCUUUGGUCAAUUGCAAAGAAGAACGUAAUGGCGGUUGCACUCGGCAUCACCAUUUCUGAUCGUUAUGUGACUUUCGUCUCGGUGACCGGUGAAUCGAUGCAUCCUACGUUUACAGCGGCCAAUAGUGUCUUGCGAGGUGAUUUUGUGUUGGCAGAAAGAAGCUGCCUUGAGAAGUACCACUUCUCACAUGGUGAUGUUGUUUUGUUCAAGUGCCCUAGCAAUCAUAAGGAGUUGUUUGUGAAGAGAUUGAUUGCGCUACCUGGUGAGUGGAUACAGCUCCCUGGGUCCCCUGAGAUAAUUAAGAUCCCAGAAGGGCAUUGCUGGGUUGAAGGUGAUAACGCUGCUCGUAGUUGGGAUUCUAGGGCAUUUGGCCCGAUUCCCCUAGGUCUAGUUAAUGGGACAGUGACCCACAUCAUCUGGCCGCCCUCAAGGAUUGGCCGAGUGGAGAGAAAGAUGCCUCAAGGGAGAAUUUCACCUGCUUGAUUUGACUCCCAACGACAUCAGAUAAUAUUAAUUCCAAUGGGCCAAUGAACCUGCCUAGUUAGAUAGCUGGCUGGUAAUAGUGUAGAUGGAAAUUUGAACUGUUCAAGUUUUGGCCACAUUGUUGUCUACAUUUAUUUUGAACAUGCUAUUGUUAUUACUUGUGUAAGCGACUUACAUUUUUAAAUUGUUCAAGUGGAGAACUCCCAGUUGGGACAAUUCGCAUCGAGUCAUAUGCUCUGUAGAUGCAUAGAUACGCACAUGGUGCUCUAUGAAUAAAGCCCCAGUGGAUGCACUGUGAUACUGUAUUCUGAACUCUUGAAAAAUUGCUGGAGCGGCUACUAUUUCGAAUUCUGCAAUACUAAGUGUAUAUGCAGAGAAAAAAUAAAAACAGAAAGGCCUGAAUUGA